AUAGUACAAGAAAACAGAGUGAAGAAAAAGGUAUGAAACAGUCGAUGUUAUCUCCAAGCUUGAACUUCUUGAUGCAACAUAUGCAAACGAGUCCAAAAAAUAUUACAAAAGAUCAAGUUUGUUUUAGUACCAACGAAAUCGACGAAAGUAAAAGAGUCUUUCCGUUCCAACCAACUUCUAGCGGGAAUUUGAAAGUUGUACCAAAUCAAGUUGUUUUCGAGUCGAAAAAAGUAAGUGUAUUGGUAGCAGAUCCAAGACACACAAAGGUUAACAUUAAAGCGGAACUCGACAAAUCUAAUAUCGACGUGAACAGAUCUAUUUCUGACUUUUCAAACAGGCAGGGAUUCAUCGAUCUUCCUCCAGGAGUGACACCGUCGGCUAUCAAUCAUUUACAAGUUCAUAAAAAACUAGCCGAUAUCCAAGCUGAGUAUAAACCAAGGACGCAGCCGUAUAAAGUUCAUCAGUCAGAGAUGGAGCAAAAGCAAUCGAUACGAGCCACUUUUGAGGAAGUUUCUUCGAUGCACGAAGUACCACUCUCUUCGCUCGGUUUCAUGCAAGAGGAACCAAUCGAUUGGGAUAGUGUCAUCCUACCGGAAAAAACUGACUUGUAUCAAGAACUUGCUAGGCGUAUUACCAAUUACAAGAAUGCUGAUUGCAUCGUUAGAAUAGGCCAAGAUGAAUUUCACUGUCACCUUUUGGUACUUCAAAGCUAUAGUACAUUCUUCGAUGAACAAAAUAGUAAAGAAAUUGAUUUGACCGAGAACACUGUGACUUCAAAAGCAUUUUCUAUUAUCUACGAUUGGAUGAUCAGUCCAACGAGCGAAAGUUGUCAUCUUUUACGUAGAGAUAACAUUUUAGAGAUCUUCACGUCCGCUCAGUAUCUCGGCAUUAAAGAAUUAGAAGAACAAUGCUGGGCUUUUAUAGAUAACGAUGAACUAUUUUCGGAAAAUACUGCAUUUUUAUUAUACAUGGAAGCAAAGAAGAUUAAUAAUACUCCGGUAAUGGAAUUAAUGGUGCCCAGAAUAAUGAAAUUCUUUUUGAUACUCGUCAGCACAAAAGAUUUCUUGGAAUUGUCAAUUGAAGAAUUGUGUCUUUUGUUAAAAUCAAAUUAUAUUUGCGUUAAUAGCGAGAUGGAGGUUUUAAUGUCUGCCGUAAGAUGGUUGAUGCACGAUUGGGAAAACAGAAAAAAAUAUAUGUUGGAAGUAUUGAAAUGUGUAAGAUUUGGACUAAUAGCACCCUGGCAACUUGUCGAUGUUAAAAGGAAUCCUGAAAAUCCUGAAUUCAUAGAAUUAAUGUCCUAUCCUGAGGUACAGAAAAUGGUAGACGAUGGUUUAGCUUUCGUAAUCAUCAAAUAUUGGUACGGUAAUCAAACCGAAGAUUAUUAUCACUGGAUCGAUUUACUUGGUCUGAUAGAACCAACCAAUCGUAAUUGGGCUGGAGAGGAUAAGAAUUACGUGACCUAUCGAGAAUUCUUAUUAUAUCUGGAGGAAUAUCAGAAGACGAAAAUAUCAGAACUUAAAAUUAGCAAGCAACAAACUAAGCCAAGUUUAUCUAAUUCAUUGGCCAAGGAUUAUCACCAAUCUAAUUGUCAGCAAAAUUAUUCCAAUCGUGAAACUAUCAAGUCAGGUCAAGGAAGUAAUGCAGGAAAAACUUCAAAAUACUGCACACCCAAAGUAUCACCUUGCAAUUAUUUAGCUGGCGAAUCGUCAACCGGUAUAACGAUGACACCGGAAAUGUUAAGCACGUACCUUAAUAACUUGGAUAGAAACAACGGGAAGGUGGUGAACGUUAAACAAUCUAAUUACGAAACUCGACAACGAAGUAAUACGACGAACCAUCAUCGCUACUAUCAACAACAAGAUUUCUUAAUAAAAAAGCAACUAAAGAAAAGUAAGAAAACUAGAUAUUCCCAUGAAAAGGCUAUUUAUUCAUCGAAGUCUGAAGAAGAUGCAGCUACUAUGAUACAAGCCACGUAUAGGGGUUAUAAAGUCAGAAGAAAAUACGACGAGAUUAAAAAAACGUCAUCCGAGGAGAAGCAGAAUACGAAACACGUUGCGGAAGUUUUGUCGGCAUCAGUUGAUCAAAAGAUGCCCUAUGAGCCUUUGGAACCGAUGACAAUUUCGAACAGUUUAAUGAGUCAAAAAACCAAGGAAAGUGGGAUACAACAAGGUACAAGUCAGCGAAAAAAGGAAAGAGAUAAUUCGAGGAAUCAACCGAGCAUGGUUAAAAAUCUGAAGGGACUUCAAUACGAUACGUUUGAAGAAUUGCCGAGUCAGAAGCAACCUACGAAAACGUCUUACAAUAAUUUAUCAUAUUCAACGGACAACUCUAAAUUAAUAAAAACAAUAAAGUCUCCAACAUUUUUCAAUAAUUGCGACGAAAUAACUAAUUCUUUUUCUCAUUCGGACAAAACCGAGCCUGACGAUUCAUUUUCUCCGAGAACGUGUACGAUAUCUACGAAUACAGGUAAUAAUGUAACAGAGAAAAACGAUGUUGUCGAAAGAACAAAUGGAACGCGUUAUCAAGGUGGAGAUAAUACGGAACGUUGUUUACCGAAAUCAAAAGAGAUUCAAACUCGUCUCUGCAAUUACAUGAGACCAUUACCACAAAGAUUGAGCAACAGCCUUUUAGGAUCUAAUAUCGACGGUUGCUUUUUGGAUAAUUCUUUAUUUUAUCCUGAUCGCGAAUCUAUCCUAAUAUUCGGUGGGGUAGAUCCUCACGAAGAAUAUGGUCAUCCUGGAGCAACUGGCAAGGAUAUUUAUAGGUUCAAACCGGACGAAAAUUUAUGGGAAUUUGUCGGAGAAAUUCCCGAACCACGACAUCAUCAUUCCGUCGUUCACCUGAAAGGUCGUAUUUAUUUAGUAGGAGGAGCGGAUCCUCGAGAAAACAAUUUUCAGAGAAAAAGUAUCAUAGUUGGAACGGUUUGGAGCUACGAUCCUACUACCAGAGUUUGGUACAACGAGGAUGACAUGUUGACGCCAAGAAAAAAUUUUGUACUCGUAGUCAGCCAUGGAAAGAUGUUCGCCAUAGGAGGUCAAGAUAAAAACGGGAUUGCAUUGAGAACUGCCGAGGCAUUCGAUCCAUCGGAAUCUACAUGGAGAGAAAUACAACCUAUGUUUACGGCAAGGAUAGGUGCUGCCGGUAUAAAAUAUCGUGAUUUUAUUUGGGUCGCUGGCGGCAUGACAAAAUCGAAGAAGGAACUAUUCUCGAAGAACGUCGAAUGUUACGACCCAGUCAAAAAUUCAUGGUUGAAGAUAGACCCAUUGAAUUCACCAAGAUGUUUCGCCACUCUUUACGUCGUUUCCGAUUGUCUUUACGUAAUUGGAGGUGCUUCGACUACAGAAAAUAGUACCGAUAGCAUAGAUUCUAUUGAUAUUUGGGAUCCUCAUCUUUGCGUAUGGAAGGAAGAAGCUAAAAUGUCGAUUGCAAGACACGGUCAUUGUACUGCAUCGAUAGGUGCCCAAUUAUUAAUAAUUGGCGGUGUAACAACGGUCUUCAUGAAAACGUUGAGUAGUGUAGAAUGCUAUUGUUGUGAACAGGGCAAAUGGAUAAAAGGUGUGUCACCUCUGCCUUAUGCCAUUUCCGGUCACAGUACCGUAACAUUACCACCAGCAAAUCUUUUAGUUAACUCUUGACGUUAGAUAAAAAGGGACUAAGAGAAUAAUCUCACGAAUAAUGUUUUUAAUAUCGAAUUCAUGUGUAUGCGAUAAUAAUUUAUCAAAUUUUCUACUUAUUUAUAUUCAAAGUUAUGUAACGUGAUCGUGUAAUAAAGGAUAAAAAUGGUUUCAAACGUUGUCGAGAUUAAUUGUGAAAAUAUAAUAUAAAAUAAUCGAUAACGCACAAAUAGUAGUUAAUUGCUUUAGCACGAAAAUUACUAAUG